CAGGGCACGUCUGAGACUCUGAGAUUCAGAGUUCAGGUAAACAGUCGACGGCACUACUCCUUAUCCAUUCCCACUCCAUAUACCACUGCACUUCUCCGCCUCCCGCUCCCGCUUAACGCCCCCCCACCCCCAAACGCGGUUGCGCUCCAGGAAGCAGCGAGCGCCAUGGCCUCCAUCCCGUGCACCAUCCAGCUCGCGACCAGUACGUCGUCGAGGCGGACGUCGCCGCGGGUGCCGCCGCAGGGGACGGCGCUGCUUGGCAGGGGCGCUGCGCGGAGGACGCAAGGGUGGCUGCGGCUGGGCGAGGCGGCGCCGGCGAGGGAGAGCGGCAGGGUGCGGUUCUUCAAGUUCGGGAACAAGGACGCCGAGGGCGCCGGCAUCUACGGCAGCCAGGCCCGGGACGACUUCGACCGCGACGACGUCGAGCAGUACUUCAACUACAUGGGGAUGCUGGCGGUGGAGGGCACCUACGACAAGAUGGAGGCGCUGCUGAGCCAGGGCACCCACCCGGUGGACAUCCUGCUCUUGCUCGCCGCGUCCGAGGGCGACGUGCCCAAGAUCGAGGAGCUGCUCAGGGCGGGGGCCAAGUGCGACGUCAAGGACCCCGACGAGAGGACGGCGCUCGAUCGGGCCACCAGCGAAGAGGUCAGGGACCUCAUCGCCGGCUUCGCGCCGGCCAACAAGGCAUGAUCGUCCAGUCUGAUCGUUCACGAGCAGGUCACGCCGGCCGAGAGUUCGUGUUUCAAGGUGUGUUACGCUGCGGCGGUUGAUAAGAGUUUAGCUGGGAGAUUCGUGAGCUCUGGAAGUUGCAGAUUUUUGUUGCUGAACCUGACGGAACUGAGGCACCCUGAAUUCGUAUUGGCUGAAUCAACUGAGGCAAUUCACAGUACGGCAAGGCUUUUGCCAAAUUUUUUUUUGCUUCAGCUUGCUAUGUGCUGCGACUAUGAACCAGUAUUUGCAGGGGCAUAUUUCAAUUUACACGACUCUUCCCAAUCUAAUGUAAUGUGGUGUAUCCGUAUCAAAAGUGUAAAAAUGCCAUCAUUUAACCAGAACAACCCGAGAAA